ACGGUCCAGCUGAAGACACGUCUCGUGCAGGGACGCCUGGUGGAGCGCGAGCGCUCAUCACAUGAACUUCAGUGCGAGGUACGCAGCCCGAGGACGCGCAGCCUGAGGACGCGCAGCCCCGCGCUGAGGACGAAGAAUAAAACUCAUAGUUAUUUCACGGACGUUUAUACCGGAUUCACCGCCUGUGACAUUCGUGCGAGCGCCGCGUAACGACGCGAUACAUUAUUAAGGACCACUGAUGCGACGCGCGCGUUUCACGGAUUACAAUGUGAAUCUAUGAGUUUACUUCGCAGCAAGGCUGGCAUCUGACUAACAUCAUUUAGACAGGUCUGGAACAGGAUCUUAAAGAUGGAGUUUUGGAUUUUGCCCGCGUGCCGGAUCACCGUGAUGGUGAUGCUUAUAUCAUCCACUGUUCAGGGGGUAGCAGACCGAACGCAGAGCGCUUAUUUCCUGCCUGAAUUUGCACUUUCGCCACAAGGCAGCUUUCUGGAAGACACGACCGAAGAGCAAUACCUCACGUAUCGCUACGACGACCAGUCCUCAAGAACGACACGCUCCGAUGAGGACAGGGACACAGGCUGGGAUGCCUGGGGCGCGUGGAGCGACUGCUCUCGUACCUGUGGUGGCGGAGCCUCUUAUUCUCUACGCAGGUGUCUCAAUGGAGGUAACUGUGAAGGCAGAAAUAUCCGCUACAGAACGUGCAGCAACACAGACUGUCCUCCAGAGUCAGGUGACUUCAGGGCUCAGCAAUGCUCCGCCCACAAUGACAUCAAGUACCAUGGUCAAACCUACGAGUGGAUACCCGUGACGUCCGACCCAGUUUCCCCCUGCGCUCUAAGAUGUCAAGCUCAGGCCAGAAGUCUGGUGGUGGAACUGGCGCCCAAAGUGCUGGACGGCACUCGAUGUAAAGCCGACUCUCUGGACAUGUGCAUCAACGGCGUCUGUCAGGAGGUGGGCUGCGACAGACAACUGGGAAGCAAAGCCAAAGAAGACAACUGUGGGAUGUGCGCCGGAGACAGCUCCACGUGCCGACUGGUCCGAGGUCAGGGGCUGCCUCACCUGUCACCUGAAGAACCCGUGAAAACCGUGUUUGAAGUGCCGAUGGGAAGCAGAGGACUCCGAAUUACAGCCAAAGGACCAGAUGUGAUUGUCAUUGAAGCCCACGCACCAAACAACAGGAGAGAAGAGAUUGUUUUCAGUUCUCCUGGUUCUCACAGUGUGGCUAACAACACGGUGGAGUAUCAGAGAGGAGCAGAGCGACAGACCUUUCGAUGCCCUGGGCCGCUUUAUGCCAACUUCUCCAUUAAAGUGAAGUACGCUGGCCCGAAAGACACGGUAAUGCAGUUUAUGUUCUACCAGCCCAUUCGCUAUCAGUGGAGAGAGACAGACUUCUUUCCCUGCUCUGUUACGUGUGGAGGAGGUUAUCAGCUCAAUUCAGCCGACUGCAUAGACAUCCGGUCCAACAAAACAGUCGGGGAACAGUACUGCCACAGCUAUCCAGAGAACAACAAACCCAAACCCAAACUCAAGGAAUGCAACAUGGAUCCCUGCCUCGAGAGUGACGGAUUCAAGGAGGUGAUGCCGUAUGACCAUUUCCAGCCUCUUCCACGGUGGGAGCAGAACCCGUGGACGUCAUGUUCUGUAUCAUGCGGAGGGGGCACUCAGGAGAGAAGUGUAAUGUGCGUGGAGGAGGACGUGCACGGUCAGGUCUCGCAUGUUGAGGAAUGGAAGUGCACGCAUUCUCCACAACCAAUCAGCAAACAGGACUGCAACACAUUCGUGUGUCCGAAGUGGAUGGCCAUGGAGUGGUCUCAGUGCACAGUUACCUGCGGCCCGGGUUUGAGGUACAGAGUCGUGUUGUGUGUGGAUCACAGGGGGCAACAUACAGGCGGCUGUGACCCUCACCACAAACCCCAUAUCAAAGAGGACUGCCUAGUACCUGUCGCCUGUCACAAACCACAAGAGAACCAACCUGUUGAGGCCAAGCUGCCCUGGUUAAAACAAGCUCAAGGGCUGGAAGAAACCAAAGUAGCCUUGGAAGAUCCAACGUUCAUUCCGGGUCCGUGGACGGCCUGCAGCGUGUCCUGUGGUCUGGGAAUUCAGAGACGUCUGGUGAAGUGUAAAGUGCUACUGUCUUUUACUCAAACUGAAGUCGAACUCCCUAUUGAAGAAUGUGAUGAGGAGAAGCCUCCCUCACAAAGGGCCUGUGAUUCGGGCCCGUGUUCAGAGUCUCCAGACUCACUGACGUGGCCCCUGGGGUCCCAGGAGAUCCCGGAGCAGCAUGGCUACGAUUGGGAAUACAUGGGCUUUACAGCCUGCUCCGCUUCUUGUGCUGCUGGCAAGCAGAUGGCUUUCGUCAGGUGCGUGAGCACCUCAGGAAGGGAAAUUGUUGAUGAUGCUCUCUGUAGCAGCUCCAGAGCACCGCUCUCCUCGUUUCGCAUCUGUAACCCUCAGCCAUGUCCUGCAAGAUGGGAGGUGAGCGUGUGGAACCCGUGUUCCGGGUCAUGUGGUGUGGGACUGCAAACACGCAGUGUGUCGUGUGUGAGGCCUGUGGCUGGAAACCGCACAGAACCAGCAUCCAGUAUAGACUGCGUGGAAAGCAGACCUCCUGAAAUACAGGCCUGCAAUCAGGUGGCGUGCCCACCCGCCUGGGUGACUGAGAGCUGGCAGCAGUGCUCUCAUUCAUGCGGCAGAGGAUCACAGUGGCGUAAAGUUUACUGUAAACAGAGGUUGGCUACAGGAAGCUACCGAAGAUUGAGAGACGAGGAGUGUCCCGGAAACAAACCUGCGGCACACAGAACGUGCUUCAACUCCGACUGUCUCCUGCCACGUCUGGAAGGAGGAGAGUGGUCCAAGUGCUCUGUGACUUGCGGUAAAGGCAUUCAGCGUCGGGAACCCGUGUGCCGGAGACAGACUGCAUCUGGUCAACUGGUCACCCUGGACCGGUCGGCCUGUGGUGGCCUUUCUCUCCCUCCUUUAGUCCGGAGCUGUCGCAUGAGCCCCUGCAGCCGGCACAGAUACUCCAAAAAACGUUGCCCUCAAGUCAUGGGCCUGAAUCGCAUCUACAUCCAGACCAGACAGGAAAAACGUCUCACUUUUACCGUUGGAGGACGCGCCUACCUUCUACCCAAAACCUCCAUCACCGUCAAGUGUCCUGUGCGUCAUUUCCCCAAAGCACAGAUCCGUUGGGAGAAUAAUGGGAACGAGCUAAAAAGCUCAAAACGUCUGAGCAUCACCAAGUCUGGAGCGUUGAGGAUCUAUAACCUGGAUGCUGGGGACAUCGGAGUGUACCGUUGCUGGGCCAACCAAGAUUCAGAGAAAUUCGUCCUGAAGCUCAUUGGUCACAAUAAUAGACUCCUGGAGCAUCCUGACGGUUUGGAGAAGGAUGAUGGAUUUCAUUCGUACCUAAACAAAGAGGGUGUCAAGUGCCAUGAACAGAAGGGAUCUGCAAAGAAAACUUCAAAAUCUGACCUGGGCUGGAUGCAAAAGAACGAGUUUUACCGAGAUGACAACGGUCAGCCAAAGGACACUCUUGCUUUGGGAAAACACUCGGCGGCUUUUGUCCUUGAACCGGCACAGUUUGAGGAGCUUGUGAGGAACAUCACUCAACUUGCCGAAAGUGGAGAUGUGACGGAUGAAAUGGCGUCGCUUCUAAUCAGCAAGAUCAUGGAGGAUUUGGCCAUCACUGAGCACGGGACAGCUAAUAAAGAAUUGAGCACUACGGUGGAUAAUUAUUCAAAUAAAACCCCAAACUCUUCGACACCUUCUUUGGGGAAGGGGAUUAAGAAAGGCAGCCGAGCCAAAAUCGUUCGUCAAAAGCUUCAUGGGAAUGCAAUGAGCUUCCAGAGGGAUCUCAGGAUUCAUGUGGGAAGGACUGCUUAUCUAACCAAUGCUACACACAGCCUCACGCUGAUGUGUCCCACACGGGGAUCACCUCACCCAACCCUGUCCUGGAGCAAAGAUGGAGCUCCGCUACAGAACAGCGAAAGGAUCUCAUGGGACGGCAGUGGAGAACUUCACCUCUCAAGUCCUGAUCUUAGAGACGUGGGAGUCUACGGAUGCACAGCCUCCAAUGACUUUGGUGCCGAUUCAGAGAGGUCACAUGUUCUAAUGGCUGAAUCUCCCAAGAUCGCUGUCUCACGGAGAAACACAUCGGAUCUUAACAGCAGGAGCGUGAAAGUGGUGGUUGGGGGUUCUGUCCAUGUCCGAGUCGGUGCCAACGUCACACUGGAAUGCCCUGUCAAAGCAGGUGUCCCUCAGCCAACAGUGAGCUGGCAACGUAAGGAGGGUCCGCUGACCACCAGCGCUAGUACUCUCCUGAAUGGCUCUUUACUCCUGAGGAACGUCACGCUUCAAGACUCUGGAAUCUACUCUUGUGUGGCUGCCAACGAUAUUGGAAAAUCGGUGGCGUUAAGCCUACUACGUGUGGCGGAAGGAUCUGCGGGUGAAUCCGAGCAUCAAAGUUUAAAUGAGAUGAACAGAAAGAGAGUUCUAAUGGCCUCACCCAUCGGCACCAGCAUCACCGUCAAACCUGGAGAUAUUUUAAGGAUAGGUUGUCCAGUGGUCCCAAGCCACAGAAAGCCCAUCACAUGGUCCUAUCAGAACAAGACCCUGAAGCAGAGUCCAGGCAGGAGCUACCGCAUUCUUGUGGGAGGUCGUGUUCUAGAAAUGAACACGCUUGGAGGAAAAUUUGACGGCCGCUACGAGUGCCAGACGCAAACCGGCAACCAACAGCUCACAGCUUGGGUUCACGUGCUGUCGCAAGAUUUUGAUUGGCGUCUAGGCAGCUGGAGCACAUGCAGUGCGUCCUGUGGUAACCGAGGGGCUCAGGUGAGGAAGGUACGAUGUGUGACAACAGACGGCAAGGAGAUGCCCCCUUCAGACUGCCAUCGCCUUCCCAAACCGAUCAGCCAACCACAGCCGUGCAACCUGCUGGACUGCCCUCCCAGCUGGGUGUCCACGGUGUGGUCCAGAUGCUCCAGUGCAUGUGGGCGGGGCUUCAAAGAGAGGCGGGUCUCCUGUCAGCAGGUGGAGGCCUCCGGUAGCGUGAGGGUCCUGCCCAGCGCAGCGUGUGACGGGACCCCUCGGCCUAAAGACCGGGAUGCGUGCAGCUCGCAAGCCUGCGUGGAGUGGAUCACCGGCUCCUGGGGCAAGUGCACAGGUCGUUGUUUGGGACCGGCACUGGCAACACAGAGCAGGACUGUAUCGUGUCACCAUUUCACCAACUCUACAUCCAAAACAUGUGACGCAAAAGAAAGGCCUCCGACCACAAGGAACUGUUCGUCCGAGCUGUGUGACGUGCACUGGAAGGUCCUGCCGUGGAGAACGUGUACGGCAGCGUGCGGCAGCGGCUUCCAGUCGCGUCGAGUGGAAUGCGUCCAUCGGCAGAAAAAGAAGACUCUCCCCGACCAGCAAUGCGCCUGGCAACCGCGACCCGUUACCUGGCAACACUGCAACAUCACUUAUUGCGGCACUACGGUUCAUUUCAGGAAUCCCAUCUGGCAGCUGCAUUAAUAUCGCCGAACAUUAACGUCCAAACGUCUACCUCGUGUAUUGUGAGUGUCAGGACAGAACACAUUACUGUCCAGUGGUGAAACGUCUCCGGCUUUGCCAGGUGGAUCUGUAUCGACAACGCUGCUGUCAGACUUGCUCACAGGAUACCAGCACCACCUAGCGACCAUCAGAAGAACUGCACCAGGCCCAGACAUACUGAUUGUCUUCAUUCAUACAGAAAUCCGUCAUCGAGACCCUCAGACACUUGAAGUGCUUAGAAAUAAAAGAAGUCUACCAGUGGCAGAUGAGUGUAUUCUAGACCACUGGAUGCUCACUGGAUGUCCAAAGACUCACCUUUGAUUUAUCUGGCCCAAACCUGAUAUUCCAUGUAUGUUAAUUGAAGAGACAUGAAGUUUUGUUGUGGAUUUUAGAAGACGAAUCCUGUUGGACCAGGACGGAGGUUUAAAAUGAACUUGAUUGACAUUUCACCAUGAUCUGUUAUUUUAUCAGAAGGCCCUACUUUAAUAUCAGUGAUGUUUUAUUAUGUUUCUACCAGAAGAAUGUAUGACGGAAGACCUGUUGAUGUUCUGCAGAAGUCUUUAGAUGUACUUUUUGUGUUAUAUGUGCUGCAUUGUAAAUACGUCAUGUAUAUAAUGUGUUUUCGAGUGCAAUAUUGUACAUUGAGUGAGGAAAAUGUUGAUUUUAUUUUCAUACCUCUCGGUUUAGUUUAUCUUUAUAAUCCAUAUUUAUGAGCGAAAACUGCAUAUUGUAUCCAAUAUUAUGUUUCCUACUGGCUUUUUAAUGCAUGGAUUUGAAUUACAUAAAGAAAAGUUGUAAUAGGUACAUAAACCACUCACUGAAUUUAUUUGUGAAUUAGUCGAUUGCAUUUUUGUUUGGGAGUAGAGGAAGCAUUGCUACGUUGCAUCACCAGUUUGCUUCUAUUCAUGUCAAUAUAUCAGAAACAUUUUAUGUGGACAAAUACAAUAAAUACGGUUUACCAAUCAUUUUCAUAA